AUGUCUCCGAACGCGGGGUGCUGCGGUCAGCAAAAGGCCGCGGAGCUGACUGACAAGGUCCUCAAGCACAAGCGCGAGCAGUGGCAAAAGGCGCAGCAGCGGUCUGGUGGCAGCAGCCGCAGCAGCGGCGUUAGGAGGACAGCAGAUAGCGCCGUCGCCGACCCUGUUAUCACGGCUUUGCGGGGUGGCGGGAGAACCCGGUCUAGGGUGCAGACUAGCGAGCCAGCUGAGCAAGAGACGGCGCCGGUCAACUGGCGCCAGCAUGCUACGGAAACGUUUCUCGCGUCCAUGGACAGCAUGGGGUAUGAAAACGCGCUGCUUCACUUGGAAAAAAUCGGCUCGACGUUUGCGAAGGACACCCUUGUUCGCUUGCGGGAGCUGGAAGCCAAGGCCAGCACAGCAGUCUCGUUGGAGCGAGUCAUCGAGCAGGCGCAAAUGCAACGUAGAACCAUAGAGGGACGCCACACGUUGCAAACGAUCCUCACCGCCGCGGCCUUUCCCGUGGACGUAGACGGGGCUCCAUCGAUAUCGGCAAGGCGUAGGGCAGCGGUAUUGGGGGUUCAAGAGCGCGCCUUCACCUUCGCGGCGGAGCGUGCCAAGAAAUUGCUGUCCGAUCUCCAUCCAACCGAGGUGAUAAAGCGAGGUGUCUACUGGUUUUGGCCCCGAGCUAAGCGGAGCGAUGCCGCCAGCGAAGAGCUGCUGGAGUUGAUGAGGCAGUACCGGCACACGGAUGAGGUGUCACGCCAGCAUUGCAACUCAGCUGAGCGCGACAUGUGGAAGGCGAGCAAGUCUCCUACAGCUCACCGCCACCCUCGGCGGCAGCUCGCCGAACCGGGCGGGGGCGACGCGGUGUACGCCAAGUUUCUCAACUGGGCGUCCUACAAGAGCUUCAAGGAGCGACAGAGCGAAGACUUCGCUGACCCUGGCCGCACGCUUUUCCUCUCGACGCGGUGCAAGUGCCUGGUCCUCCCUGCAAUGGAGCAGUGCGCGUGCAAGAUCCACUCGCAAUGCAGAAGGGCGGAGUAA